AUGCAGUUUAUCUAUGUUUUACUGGGGUGGGAGGGCUCAGAUGUGGAUGGUAGAGUGCUUCGAGAUGCCCUACUUAGGCCACAUGGAUUGAAGGUCCCGAGGCCGGGUUAUUAUUUGGUGGAUGCUGGUUAUAUAAAUGGUGAAGGAUUCUUAGCCCCAUAUAGAGGUCAAAGAUAUCAUUUGAAUGAUUGGCAUGUUGGACACCAACCAACUACACCUAAAGAAUUAUUCAACAUGAGACAUUCUUCUGCUAGAAAUGUUAUAGAAAGAUGUGUUGGUAUUUUGAAGGCGAGAUGGGGAAUUUUAAGAGACAAAUCAUAUUAUCCUAUUAACCUUAAAAAUAAGAUUAUAAUGGCUUGUUGUCUUCUUCAUAAUUAUAUAAGGCAAGAAAUGACAGUUGAUCCAUUUGAGAACCGCUUUGAACUAGACGAGGGAACUGGAGAUGUCGGUGGUGGAGAUGAUGAUAAUAUCACUUCUGUUGGUAUAUCAAAUAAGUGGACUACAUUUAGAAACUAUGUUUGA